ACAGACUAGAUUGGUUUUACAAUGGUAUAAAGGACACGGGAAGAAAAAGUUAACGUUUGUGUUAUUGGGAAUCGGGAAUCGGGAUUUUGGGUUUAUCUUAGGGCACAAAAAUUCAUCGUGAAGUACGAAAACACUUUCCAACAUUGAAAUCAAAAUCAAAACUGAUUCGAAACAAUUCGACAAUUUGGGGGAAGUUCUUCUUCAGGAAUCACCAUGGGCGAACAAGACACGGCUGUUGCCCCACCUCUUCCUCUUCAACCACAACCACAACCACAGUUACCGGCAUCUCGGCAACCGCAAUCCGAUCCUUCAACUCCUGUUCCCGAUUUCGACCCCAGCCGCAUGAUUGGUAUCAUCAGACGGAAGGCGUUGAUUAAAGACUUGGCUGCUGCUUACCAUGCUGAAUGUUUGGAUUAUGGUCAAGAACUUUUGGAACUUCAGCGAAGAUGGGAAGAGACUUACAAAGAAGUCAAAACUUUCGAAAAUUCUAGAAGAGAUACCUUGAGACCAUCCAAGCGUCUGAAGAAAGCUCGUUGAUAUCAAGUGUCCGCGUUGCUUUUGAUGCCAAUGAAUAUCUGUACUCAAAACAAGAUAAAUUUUGAUCAUCUAUGGUGACCCAUAGAUCAUAAAUAAUGCCACAAUUUGAUCAUUGACUUAAUUUGCUACUCCCUUUGUCCCAAGAGAUUGCCACACUCUUUCUUAGUCCGUUCCUUUUAUAAAAAUCUCUUCACCACUUUCUUUUAUCCCUAUUCAUACAUUUCAACUCUUUGAUAUUAUUCACAAAUUUUAAAUAGUCAUCAUUUAUUAAUCUUUGUGCAAUCUAUAACUAUGACAAUAUCUUGUGAUGGAUGGAGACACUGAGUAAUAGAUAGGAAUAGUAUGGGAAACAAUGUAACAAUUUACUAAUAGAUAGAAUCCCAUCAGUCAUGAAAGUGACCGGUUAGAUAAGGAAUUUCUUCUAUUUGACAGCGAGAAAUGAUUGUAAAUAAUUUUACUGAUUAGUAUCUUUUUAGUAAGAAGUAUUAUUUAAUGUGUUAUCC